UAGUUAGUCAGUAUUCUGAAUUUACUUGGCUUUGUACUCGACAGUUUCGUCAGGAUGUACUCGGACGAUCUCAUGGCUCGACUACAACAUUCGGGUGCGUUUUCGAGGCGUCGGUUGUUUUUGCUGUGGACUGGACAUGUGCCUGUACUAUACUUGUGUCUCGUGCGUCCGCCAUUCACCGUCGGACAUCAAAACAUAUUUCUCUUACGCACUUACAGUGUCGUCGUCAGAGUCGCUGAGAGACCAUGGGUCAGUCUCUGGUUUGGUCGGCAUAAGUAUGUUCACCGCAUCGAACAACUCAUUCGGCGCGCGGUUUGUCUCGUUUCCGUCAAUUAUUUGCACUUGUGGGACUUGGCCGUCUUCGUGAUUGUCGAUGGGUUCUUCCCCAUUCUCUUCAUCGAUAUCAUGCGCACGGGCAUUUGCGACUUCAACGCCGCCGUGGCUCGGCCCAGUGCAGCGCUGGCAACAGUCCACAGCACCUUGGCAUACUGCAAGGCAUAGCCAACCAAGCACGGGACCCAAAAUGUAGCUAAGACCAAGCCAGGCAUCUGCAGUCAACAUCUUCUAUUGUUAUUGCAACAACGUUCGAGUCUCGUGGGAAAAUGAGACAAAUUGGGACCAGGUUGCAGAGAGACUUCUGAAUGAUCAUCGUUCGAGCGCAAAUUGCCAAAAGAAACGGUCUUGAUCCAAGAUUCAAAACAACUCGUGUCUCGGCGCUUCCGGGGUAUCGCGAUGCGAUGAAAUGAGGUCCGAGCAAGGCGAAAACCGAAGCAACCGACGCUUACUCUAGAGUAUUAAAAUAGAAGAAACGAGUGUCAAGGAAGAAAACUUCUGACGAAAGUUU